AUGCAUACCACACUCCCUCUCUCCGUGGGCCUCUCGAUCCUCGCCGCGUUCACCACUGCUGCGCCAGCAGCUGGCCAUGGCCAUCGCGUGCGAAGCAAUGCUGGAUUCAUUGCCAUGAGACAGGCCAACAAUGGCACGGCGCCGCCGGCGAACAACAACAACAACAGCGGCGGCGCUGGUUCCAACAACACCCCCAGCGACACGCAGCUCAUGAAUGCCGUCAUGGGCUGGAUGAACGACACGGGCAAGGUCACCAACUUUGUCAACACGGCCACGUCGCUGACGGGCGACGAGUUCACCCGGCAAGCGCAGAUUGCGCUCAACGCCGAGCUGGACGAGCUGAACCACAAGAAGAUCCUCGACGCCGGCCUCAGCGACAACCCCAUGGUCCAGAGCGCCAACGAGGUCCUCGAAACGCAGGGCACGUUCCAGAACGUCGUCGACGUCCUCCAGGCCAUGGUCAACAACGGCCCGGACACGGCGCAGGCCGACGUCAAUGCCAUUAACAACAACCGCUGCGUCAACGUCUCCGCCGUCCGACCUACCGGGUGUCUCGAGGUUGCUGGGGCGCCGACCGGCGCUCUGCCUCCGGCUGGCGGUGCCAAUGCGUCUGCCCCUGCGAGCAGCCCUUCCCCUACGCCUGCCCCAGGCGCGGGCGGCGCAAACGCCGGCAAUGCCACCAGCAAGAACAAUGGCAAUGGCGCAGGCAACAAGAGCGGUACCAAGAAUGGCACCAACAACGGCACCAACAAUGCCGCACGGGGCGGUCAGGCCGGUGGCGCGGCUACCUGA